AUGUUUACAAUAUUCACUUCAGUGAUUUAUUUCAUUGAUAAUAUAUAUGGUCAAUUGGUUAUAAAACCAUCAGAAGCAAUAGUGUUACGUGAUCAAUUUAAAUCAUUUGUUGCUUCAUGCACUGGAUUACCAAAUACUCGAGUUGCUACUUGGAGAUCUCCAUUGCAAAUUGACAUCAAAGAAGAUGAAACUGAAAGAGUGACAGUCGAACGUCAGACAUAUGGAUUAAGAUUGCGCAUAAGAAAUUUAACACGAAGUGAUCAAGGAAUAUGGGAAUGUUUAGGAUCGGAUCUAGCUGGACGACCAUUAAUACGAACUUUACAAAUUAAUGUUAAAGUUCCGAUAACAUUUUUGGGUGAACCAAUUCAAUAUGCUGAAUUAGAUUCAGCUGUAUUAAUUAAAUGUCGAGUAUUAGCAAAUCCAUCUGCUGAAGUAUCUUGGUUUAAAGGACGUGAUAAAACUCGUUUAAUAUCAUCAAAUUAUGAACGAAGUAAUGAUGGUUUAAAAAUUAAUCGAGUUUCAUUAGCUGAUAAUGAUCUAUUUUGGUGUCAAGCUGAUGUACUUGAAACAGGAGAAUCAAAAGAUUAUCCUAUUCAAGUUAUUAUUGCUCAACCUAUAACAUCACCAAGAAUUGUUUGUGCAGCUCCGUGUGCUGUUGAAAAACAAACUGCUACUUUAAUUUGUGAAGCAGGUGGUAUGCCUCCACCACAAAUUCUUUGGUUUUAUGGACAAGAUGUUCCAAUUGGUACAAAUGUAAUAUCAAAAUUUAUUGUUCGUGGAAAUACAUUAGUUAUUAAUUAUGUUGAUGAAACAGAUAAUGGUCGAUAUUCAUGUCAAGCAUUUAAUGAUUAUGAUCGACGUGGACAACGAGCUGAAUAUAUGCUUAAUGUUAUUGUUCCACCUCGUCUUGCACCUAUUCCUCCAAUAAAAAUUAAUCUCGAUGAAACUACUCCACCACAACGAGCAGUUUUUACUUGUCGUGUUUUACGUGGUUCAGCAGAAAGUCUCACUUUGGAAUGGGUUCUUAUUGAUGGUACUCCUGUACAACCUAUCAACGGUAUAUCGAUUGAUGUUAGUCAAUUAGCAUUGAAUCGUUUUGUUGAAUUACGUUUUGAUCCUGUACGUCGAGAACAUCAUGGAAAUUAUACAUGUUUAGCAAAAAAUCUAGCCGAUAUUACAUCAACUAUUGCUAAUCUUUUUGUUGAAUAUAAACCUGUUUUCAUGGGACCAGAUAAACCUGUUAUAUUCAGCGUUCCUAACUAUCGAGCAAUUAUGAAAUGUCAAUUUGAUAGUUAUCCUCCUCCAACAAUUCAAUGGAUAAGAAUGAUUCGAAGAUUAAAAGAUAUCGAUGGUGGUCAUGUACUUAUACAAGAUAAUGAUCCACAAGUAAUCGAUAUAUUAACUAGACAAAUUGGUCCAACACUUUAUGAAACACAAUUAACAUAUAAUCCAUUGGAACAAGAUUUUGGUUUCAUUUUCGAAUGUCGUGCUAUUAAUCCUCGAAUAGAAAGAUAUUCAAUAAGUCUUCGACGUGCUGAACCUCCUCAACAAGUUCGUGUAGUUGAAGUUAAACCAAGAUCAAAUUCAAUUCAAUUAAAUAUUCAACCACCAUUGGAAAUAGGUGGUCUACCUUUACUUGAAUAUUUAGUUAAUUAUGAGCAAAUUGGUGUUCCUAAUUCACUUAAAACACUCACUUUUCCAGCUGCAUCGAAUGAACCUCAAUCUCUUAUUAUUGAAUCUCUUCAACCAUCAACUUUAUAUCGAAUACAAAUAAUGGCAAAAUCUCGUGCUGGACAAGGGUCUCUUUCUAUACCUUAUCAAUUGAAAACAUUUGAUCGACAAGUUCCACAAUUUAAAAUUCUUUCAUCAGAUAUAUCAUGUCUUGAUGAUCAAUCUUGUUUAAUUAAAUGGAUUAUUGAAUCUGAUGGUGGUUCCCCUAUUUCACGAGCUGAAAUAUCUUAUGCUAAAGUUCGUGGUGUAAAUGUAGUAGAACAAUGGAGUCCUGCAAUACAAGUUGAACCAUUGAUUAGUGAAUUUGAAUUGAAAGGACUUCAGUCAGAUACAAAUUAUUUAAUUCGAGUUCGUCUAUUAAAUGAAGCUGGUGUAGGUGAACAAACAAUUUCAAAGAAAACUAGUAGAUCACGUAUUGAUCCUCGUUCACAUUUGUCCGAUAAACGAUCUAAAAAUCGAUUCCCAAGUAAAUGGGUUAUUAUUGGAACAGUAUCGAGUAUUAUUGUCAUUGUUGCUAUUAUUAUUAUUAUCUUUAUCGUCAAUCGAAGCCGAGUUACAUUAAAUCAGAAUCAUGAAAAUCCACCUAAUUUGGGUCCAGCUUCCCCCAGUGAAAGAAACAACUUAAUUCAACAGCCUACUGUAAACGCUCAAAAGCCAUUACGUGAUGAAGAAAGACAAGAAAACAAAUAA